AUGGCUGCCAACGGCGAUUUUUCCGAUGAUGAAUCCCAGCCGGGAUCCCCCAUGCUGAAUGCGAACGGCCAUGAUGAUAUUGAAGAACAAGAGCCCCUCGACCAAGAGGAGAAGCCUCUCAAGUCUGCGAUGAAGAGUGUACCCCCUGUUUCUCAGCCCAAGCGGCCAGAGUUGCCCGAACAGCCAGACCCCGCUACCCUUGACCUGUCGACCCUGACCCCUCUGUCGCCCGAAAUCAUUGCGCGCCAGGCCACUAUUAACAUUGGUACCAUCGGACACGUCGCUCACGGAAAGUCAACAGUGGUCAAGGCUAUCUCAGAGGUUCAGACUGUCCGUUUCAAAAACGAGUUGGAGCGAAACAUUACAAUCAAGCUGGGCUACGCCAACGCCAAGAUCUACAAGUGCGACAACCCCGAGUGUCCUCGCCCAACAUGCUUCAAGAGUUUCAAGAGUGAGAAGGAGAUCGACCCUCCAUGUGAGAGAGAUGGGUGCACAGGACGUUAUAGGCUGUUGAGACAUGUCUCCUUCGUUGACUGCCCCGGUCACGAUAUUCUGAUGAGUACCAUGUUGUCAGGUGCCGCCGUCAUGGACGCAGCUCUUCUUCUGAUUGCCGGAAACGAAACUUGCCCUCAGCCUCAAACCUCGGAACAUUUGGCAGCUAUCGAGAUUAUGAAGCUUAGCCAUAUUAUCAUCUUGCAAAAUAAGGUUGAUCUGAUGAGGGAAGAAGGAGCUUUUCAGCAUUACCAAUCGAUUCUGAAGUUCAUCCGUGGUACUGUUGCUGAUGGCUCUCCUAUUAUCCCCAUCUCCGCUCAGCUGAAGUACAACAUUGAUGCUGUCAACGAAUACCUUGUUUCCCACAUCCCUGUCCCUGUCCGUGAUUUCACCGCUUCGCCACACAUGAUCGUCAUCCGUUCAUUCGAUGUGAACAAGCCUGGUGCCGAGAUUGAUGAGCUGAAGGGCGGUGUUGCUGGUGGUUCCAUUCUGACUGGUGUGCUUAAGCUUAACGACGAGGUGGAAAUCCGUCCCGGUCUCGUAACCAAGGACGAGAACGGCAAGAUUCAGUGCCGGCCCAUCUUCUCGCGGGUUGUUUCUCUCUUCGCUGAGCACAACGACCUGAAAUUUGCUGUUCCUGGUGGUCUUAUUGGUGUCGGUACCCGUGUGGACCCUACUCUGUGCCGUGCCGAUCGUCUUGUCGGUUUCGUCCUGGGCCAUCGCGGACGUCUGCCCGCCAUUUACACCGAACUGGAGGUCAACUAUUUCUUGCUGCGCCGGUUGUUGGGUGUGAAGACCGCCGACGGCAAGCAGGCCAAGGUUGCUAAGCUGAGCAAGAACGAGGUUCUGAUGGUCAACAUCGGUUCUACGGCCACCGGUGCUAAGGUCAUGGGCGUCAAGGCCGAUGCUGCAAAGCUGAGCUUGACCAGCCCUGCUUGUACCGAAAUUGGCGAGAAGAUUGCCAUUUCUCGCAGAAUCGACAAGCACUGGCGUCUGAUUGGGUGGGCUAACAUUGUUGCCGGUAACACCCUCGAACCCAUCCUGAACUAA